AAUAUAUAAUGCAUUAUGCAUGUACCAAAUACUCAUAUAUCUUUAACACGAGUUACAUCAAAUUAUAACCAUUUUCUUUCAUAAUCUCAUGAGGCUAGCUAAAAGUUUGUUACACAUUUGGACGUACUGUUAUAGUAGAAAUUUUUAAACUACUCAAACUUCCAGUUCUUGUUUCCCAUUUUUCUAUCCAAGAAUAUCAGACUCAAAACUUAGUUCCAUCAUGAGAAUUAUUAUUACCAUAAGAAGUACCCAAUUUUUCAUGGAAGUGGGUACCGUAGAAAAGGUUGUUGAAAUCAAAAGGAAAAUAGAACAAAUCUAUGGUGUUCCAAUGGCUCACCAAAUCCUAACAGUUUCUGGAUGGGAACUGAUGGAUGGAUUAGACAUGGAAGAUUACCCAAUUAUCACUGAAGGCACAAAAGUUGAUCUUGCCAUCAAGCCGGUGGAGCCAAAUUCCAUUAGCUAUAAUGACAAAAUGAAAAUGCAGAUCACAGUGAAGUUUCCAGCUAGACAGAUUAACAUAGAGGUGGACCAGACAGAUACUGUCCGUAGCUUGAAGGAAAAAAUUCACAUCAUUGAGAGCAUCCCGAUCAAAAAAAUGACACUUUUCUUUCUGGGGAGGGAACUGAAUGAUGAUUUUCGAAACCUAAAUGAAUAUGGUAUUUGUGAGUUUUCUGAAGUUAUUGCGUUCCUCAAGAACGCACAUCAGCCAAAAGAUCCACCAAGUAAGAAGCUGAGUUUGGUGGUACAAACAUCCUCUAGUUUGCUUAAUGCUGCCACCAUUCCAUUGGAGAUGAGAGAUGCAAACACUGUUAAUGACUUGAAGCAGUUCCUGCUAAGCAGAAAAAUUCUGCCAGCUGAUGAUUAUUUGUUUAUUCACAGGCAGAGGAUCAUGCGUGAUAGUUGUAGCCUUAAGUGGCAUGGAGUUGAAAAUGGAGACUGUCUCUACGUGUUUAAAGGGACGGUUAGCCGCAAUGGGUACGCCACAUCUUGAAG